AUUUAUGCCGAGCCAAUAGCUGAAGCUAUAUCACAGACAAUUUAAGCAGCCGACACUAUAAACAGGUGCCCUAUGGAAAGAAAGAACCAGACUUCAGAUUAUAAAAGUGAGUGUAAAGCACAGAGUGCCCAAGAGGAGAUCAUCCUCGUGUGCCGUCACGUGACCGCCCCAAGAGCUUCAAGGGGGUUAACUCUAAAAACUGCUAAACAUGAUGGCUACCUUUAGACGGAUACCGUUGGUUGUGGCGGUAGUCGGCGCAACAGGGACUGGGAAAUCUAAAAUUGGUAUUGAACUCGGCCGGUAUUUCCAGGGAGAAAUUAUCAGCGCUGAUUCUAUGCAGAUGUACCAAGGCCUUGAUGUCAUCACCAACAAAGUGACAGCAGCGGAGCAGGCUCUUUGUCCACACCAUCUCAUCAGUGUCCUUAGUCCUCUUAGCAGCAAUAACACUGUUACCCACUUUCGCAGCGUUGCUCUGCCUAUCAUAGACAGACUGUUGGGAGAAAGCAAAUUGCCAAUCAUUGUUGGUGGAACAAACUACUACAUAGAAGCCUUGCUUUGGAAUUUCUUGAUUGAUAAAGAGGGUAAAGGUCAAGAAGCUUCUUUAAAAGCGCCUGUUUUGUCCAGUGAAGAUGAAUCAGAGAAUAUGGAAAAUGAAGACUGUUUGAGGAAGCAAAAGUGGGCAAAGAGGGAAAAAGAAGGCAAAUAUGCAGAUUAUGAUUCUAAUCAGCUUUACACUCUUUUGCAAAAAGUGGAUCCGGACUCGGCCAAGAGGCUGCAUCCUAAGAAUCGACGUAAGGUGGUGAGGGCCCUUCAGGUUUAUGAUGAGCAUGGCAUACCAAUGAGUGAUAUUCACCAAGCACAGCACAAGAAUGGCAACACUCCAGGGCUGAGUGGCAGCUUGCGCUAUCCACAUUGCUGCAUAUUUUGGAUGGAGUGUGAGCAGAGAGUGCUUGAUGAGCGUCUUGAUAAAAGGGUGGAUGAAAUGGUGGCGAAUGGGCUUGUAUCGGAACUAUGUCAACUUCAGUCGGAUUAUUUGGAAAGUGUGAAGAUGCAGGGAGGAGAGCCAGAUUACACUCUUGGUAUUUUCCAAAGCAUUGGAUUCAAAGAGUUCCAUGACUAUCUGACUUUGCCAGCAGAUCAGAAGGAACUUCUCUUGGACAAGAGUGUUCAAGCAUUAAAACUAGCGACAAGACAGUAUGCUCGCAGGCAGCUGAAAUGGAUCAAAAACAGAUUUGUGCACAGGCCAGGCACACAAGUGCCUUCUGUAUAUGCACUGGACACAACAGACCCCUCUCAAUGGGAUGAAAAGGUGUUCAAGCCUGCUGUAGAAGUUGUUAAAGCAGCUUUAAGGGGUGAAAAGCCAAGUGUACAGCCUCUGACUCCAGUGACUGAUAAAUCUACAGUGCAUGUUCACAACAUAUGUGAGGUCUGUGGUGGGCGAGUCUUUGUUACUCUGCAUGAGUGGCAAGAGCAUCUGCAGAGUAAGAGGCACAAGAAAAUGAUGUGGCGAAAGAAAGAGAGAGAAGGAACACAAUUUACAAGUCAAGAAAAUGUCACAGUCAAGAGUUUAGCAGCAGCAAAUGAUGUUUGGAGAGACACUCAGGAAUAUAAAUCGUAAUUGUGCAAACAAGUUUAUAAAAUAUACAGCGAUUUACAAUGGUUUAUGCAUAGAUGGUUGUGUUUGAUGAUGUGAGACAUGAUUGUCUAGGGGCUAUGUCAGUGUAAUUUAUCUGGGGCUUAGUGUAUUUAAAAAAAAAUCCAAUUCUCUAUGUGGACACACUAAAGACAAAUUAUGAUCCCAUAUAUGCAAAAACAGUUUUUUGUUUUCUUUUUACCAUUUUUGCAGUUUAAGAUAAUUGUCUGUUAGUGACAAGGUUAUCACUUGAGACAGCUGUGUUUCUGCGACUAUUAAUAAGGGAUAAUGGUCACAGCUUUGGGUGGAAUGUAACACUAAAUGAUAGAUGUGCCUGUAAUAUGCAUCUUUUUAUACUGAGAGAGAACAAAAGUCCAGAUAAGGUUCACAUCUGCACAGACAAAUGUGUGUCACACACUUUGACAUUAAUAUUCAGUUUAAUUUUUAAAGAACACAAAAGGCAACAAAGCAAGGGAAUUAAAUUGCAUCUUUCAACUGUUAGCUCAUCACCAGACAUUUAAAUCCUCACCACAAAUGCAAGAAAAUGGACUCGAUACCUCUUAAUAAAAAGUAUAAGCAAGCACAAGGCCUCCACACUCCAAAGCCCACCAUAAAUAAAGAGGCCAAUACAAUUGGAAUAAUGUUUUGGUGGUCUAAAACUUAAUGGUUUAUAACCCGUACGAAGAUAUCAAAUUUUGGUUCUCUUUAUUAGCUCCAAAAAGAAAAUCAUUAAUGAUUACAGUUUCAAAAAUACAACAAACUUCAGCAGAAGAAGCACAAGCUUUUGCCAAUCUUUUUAUUUUAAAUUAACUGCUUUAUCACAGAUUUUCUUUUUUAAACUUUAUAUUUUAAUGGUUUUCCAAUAGCAAAAUAUAUAGUUCCUUUUUUCUUAAACAUGUGGCUCGCACAGAAAAAUUGCCAACUUAAAUGUUUUCAUUCCCAUUCUCCACAACAAAAACUUAUGCAACCUUUCAGUACAAACAGCACCUCAUGAAAUACCCUUUAUCACAUCAUUUUACUGAGGAAAAAUGCCAGCAAAUAAAUAACACAGAUCACAAAGUAUUUGUUAAAAAAGGAAAGCAUUCUUGGCACAAGAUGCUGGAAAGAAAUCUUGAGAAUUUGGGAUUAUUAGACUACACAUCAAAAAAGUAAAAGUGCACUUUUGAUUGCAAAUGCUCUGAGAUUACUUCUAACACAAGCAUGAACAUAAAGCUUGUUUGUAAGAUCACAAUAUCCAUUUUCCUCUACAUAUGUACAAUGCAUGUAGCUUCUACAAUCUUGGAUACACAUAUUACAAUAAACAUCCACAGCAUAUGGAAAAAAAGUGAUUAAGGAGGAAGAAUUCAAUCAAGGAAACCCUGUGUUUCCUACCCUCCAUGUUAAGGACAUGAUUAGACAUAGUAUGCUUGAAUUCAUUUGGCUAGCACUUGUAUAAGGUAGUCCACAGUUGCAUAUCAACUGGGCAAAAUACAUGUACACUGUAUCACACAGAUAAACCUGCUUCUCGUUAGGAAGCCAUUACUCUAACAAGGCUAUCAAGUACGAGAGUUACAAUUUAAAAGAACUUCUUUUACAAAAGUAGCUGGAUGAGCUAAAUCUCAUUUACAAUUUUUGCAAUUAAGUGUUAAGAAUAAUAUAACUAUAUUAGUUUCACACAAAAUAGAUUGAAAAUGCCAAUCAAGAUGGUGGAAAACAAAUUUACUGGCUAAAAAUUCUAAGCAUAAAUCUGAACUGUUUAAAAAGCUUUUAAAUUAUAAAGUAAUGCUCUUAUGUGAAGGAUUAUUUAAAGAAGGAAAAUGUGAACAUUAUAUUCAUAAAGACAAAGCUCAAUAAACUUUUGUAGUCAAGAUUAAAUAAGCUGUUGAAUGUGAUUAACGAACUUAGGAUGUAGUUUACAGCUACAUGUCUGCUUUCACACUAAUAAAUGUGACAACAGUUUUCCCAAAGUACACUAAACAUGAGUAUUUUAUCUCUUUGAUGUUUGAAAACUUGUUACAUCAACUAUCUGCUUACUGUUGUUGCUAUAUACUAGUUAAUACCCAUAAGAAUAUUUUUAAAGCCAGAUUAGUGUUUCAGUUUGAUGAUUUAAAAAAAAAAA